UGCGGCGUGAUCAUUGUGAAGCACGUGUUCCAGUAAAUAGUAACCUGCCAGCUCGAUCUGCUGAUCCGUCAUAUGAGUGAAUGAUCUGCAACAUGGCGAGGCUGCUGCUAGCGCUGUGUCUCCUCUCCUGUGUUUCAGCCGGCAGGUAUUUCAACGAAGACCGACCCUGCUACAAGCCAGCAGUGAGAAAGAACCCGUUUGGAGUCAGCACUGCCCCCCGCCCUCAUGAGUAUCUCAAUAUGGACGAGCUGCCCAAAGCCUGGGACUGGAGGAACAUCGAGGGGAAGAACUACGUGAGCACGACCCGGAACCAGCACAUCCCCCAGUACUGCGGCUCCUGCUGGGCCCACGGCAGCACCAGCGCCUUAGCAGACCGUAUCAACAUCAAGCGGAAAGGCGCCUGGCCCUCGGCCUACAUCUCUGUGCAGAACGUCAUUGACUGCGGGCAGGCGGGCUCGUGCGAGGGGGGCGAUCACUCAGGGGUGUGGGAGUACGCACACAGCCAUGGCAUCCCAGACGAGACCUGCAACAACUACCAGGCCAAAGACCAGGAAUGCACCCCCUUCAACCAGUGUGGCACUUGCACUACGUUCGGAGUGUGCAACGUCAUCAAGAACUACACCCUGUGGAAGGUGGACGACUACGGAGCUGUGAGCGGCAGGGACAAGAUGAUGGCAGAGAUCUACGCCAGGGGCCCCAUCAGCUGUGGUAUUAUGGCAACUAAGAAGCUGGAUGCCUACACAGGAGGGCUCUACACAGAGUACAACCCCCAACCCUCCAUCAACCACAUUGUGUCGGUGGCAGGCUGGGGGCUGGAUGAAAACGGUGAUGAAUUCUGGAUUGUCCGCAAUUCCUGGGGCGAGCCAUGGGGUGAGAAAGGCUGGCUGAGAAUCGUCACUAGUGCUUACAAAGAUGGCAAAGGAAAUGAGUAUAACCUGGCUAUCGAGGAAGACUGUGCCUACGGGGAUCCUGUAGUGCCCGCCAAUUACAUUUAGAAACACUCGCUAAGAUUUUACAAAUGAUUAUGCAGGUACAUAAUUAAAACAAAUACCUUUUUAAGGUGGUUUUUUUUUUUAAAUAUAGGACUAAAGGACGUCCUUGCUAUGCAAUAAUGAAAGGGAACUCCAUUCAGAACAGUGUGUUGCUUUGACGUUUCUGAACUGUAGUGGUCAGUUGCUAAGCUUUUUUUUUAAUUAAAUGCCAAAGUGCUUGUCCAUGGCUUUUUAAUUUGCUACAGUAAUCUAUGUAUUUCUGAUCAGCACAGGUAACAUGCCAAUUGUCUUUUUGUUACAUUUUCAUGCAGUCACUCUGCGGUCUAAGAGACUCUUCACAACUGCUUUCAUGGCAAUGAUAUUGUCUGCAUCACAUCUCACUGUUAACAGAGAUUCAAUUAGCACUACAAUCCCAUUCUGUAAACCACUGUGCAUUGCCAGAGUACUGUUAGCUCCAGGUUACCUCCACUCUCAUUUGGAUCAGAAAUGUAUUGGAAGCCCCUGGAAUGCCUGAAAGAUAAAAUGACAAUCGCUAUGCUGCUUGUAUUAUAAAAUCAAACAGAUUUCAGGAACAGGACAUCCAGGUCUAGUUAAUGUAGUAACAACGAAGGAUGGAACUACAAUGGGGACUUUUAUCUGCCCCCAUGAUGCACUGAUUACAAAAUUAAAUUAUGCAAUAUAUAUUUUUAAAACAUAUCUGAAUAUUGUUUGAUUGUAAGACAAUUGCAUCUGAAUAAAAUCUAGAAAUAUUA